AUGCUCCGGAAUCUCCAAGGCCGGAGCCUGAGCGCCGGCAUCUCGCUGGCCUGUGGCUUUGCCUUUCUCCUGUUCGGCUACGACCAAGGUCUCAUGGGCGGCCUCCUCUCCAACCCGCGAUUCGUCGAGACGUUCAAGAACCCGAAUCCCACGAUCCAGGGCCAGAUCGUGUCGACCUACUAUCUCGGCUGCAUCGUGGGGGCAUUCAUCUCCAUCUUCGUGGGCGACACGUUCGGCCGGAGACGAGCCAUCAUGCUCGCGUGCACCCUCGUCGUCAUCGGAGGUACCAUCCAGGCGUCGUCGUACUCGUUGGGUCAACUGUUCCCCGGCCGCGUCAUUGCCGGCAUGGGCACGGGGAUGAACACGACGGCCAUCCCCAUGUGGCAGAGCGAGACCAGCAAGGCCAAACACCGCGGCAAGAUGAUCGUGCUCCAGCUCACCCUGGUCCUGUCGGGCGUGGUCGUCGUGAGCUGGAUGAACUACGGCCUGUCGUUUGCCGACGCGACCAGCGUCAGCUGGCGGUUCCCCAUUGCGUUCCAGAACUUCUUCGCCUUGGCCAGCAUCGCCUUGACGUUCCUGAUGCCCGAGUCGCCGCGGUGGCUGUGUCUCAAGGACCGCAACGACGAGGCACGCACCGUCAUUGCCCGUCUCGCCGCCGCGCCGCCCGAGUCCCUCGAGGUCUCCGAGGCCAUGGCCCUGAUCCUGGAACAGCUCCAGCGCGAACGAGAGUUCACGGGGUCCCGCUGGAAGGAGGUCUUCACCAACGGCAAGCAACAAAACUUUUACCGCAUCUGUCUCGGAGGUGGGUGCUUCGUCAUGCAGCAGAUGGGCGGCAUCAACGUAUCGGCGUCGUACCUCCCCGUCGUCCUGAUGCGCGCCUUUAACUUCAGCGACAGGAUGGCCCUGGUCCUCGCCGCGGUGGCCUCGAUGACCAUGGUCCUCUGGGGUGCCCUGGGUGCUCUGCUCAUCGACAGAUAUGGCCGGGUCAAGCUCAUGUUGAUCGGGGCGGCCGGCAUGGGCAUCUGUUAUGUCUUUGUCGCGGCCGGUCUCAGCCAGAACACCAAGGGCUGGAAUGCCGUGGCCGUCCUGUUCUUGUUCAUGUACUACAUCCCCUAUGGCCUGAUGUUCGUGUCCAUUCCGUACAUCUACCCCAGCGAAAUCAAUUCUCAGGUGAUGAGAAACACGGGCACCGCCAUCGCCAUGGUGGUGAACUGGCUCUUUGUCUACAUUAUCGUCCUGAUCACCCCGGACAGUCUCGCCAACAUCGGCUGGCGCUUCUUCAUCAUCUUCGCCGUCCUCAACGUCUCCUUUGUCCCCUUCAUCUGGUACUUUUACAUCGAGACCGCCAAGCUCAGCCUCGAGGAGAUCGACCGCAUGUUCGAGAUCUACUACGACUCGGGCAAGAAGAUCACCUUUGCCGAAGCCGCGCUCCGGGCCAAAGAAGAGUCGGCCGAGAUUGUGCGCCAGGUCGCCGAGAGGACCAACAAGCCCGAAGGGGUCGAGUUCGUACAGGUCGAGAAGACGAUGGCAUAG